UCCACUCCCGCAUGGCCAUUCAUAAGCUCCGAGCAACUUCCCGUGGCCAUCAUCAGUCGUCGCCGGAGCCUUCUUUUCGCACUCCUCCUCCAGGACUAGUUGCUCAUUCAUCAGCAACCCUGCCUGCACGAGAGACUUUCUUCUUACACAACACACAAGCCCCCUAAAAUGGCCCCCAUCUCCAUUAAGAGCGUUCUCAUCAGCGAAAGCGUGGAUCCUCGCUGCAAGAGCAUCCUGGAAGAAAAUGGCAUCCGGGUAACGGAGAAGCACAAUAUGAAAAAGGAGGAAUUGAUCGCCGAAAUCAAGAACUACGACGGUCUGGUGGUGAGAUCCGCUACCAAGGUGACAGCUGACGUCAUCAACGCCGCAGCCAAUCUCAAAAUCAUCGGGAGAGCCGGAACCGGUGUGGACAACAUUGAUGUUGACGCCGCCACCAAAAUGGGCAUCAUUGUCAUGAACACGCCGAGCGGCAACACCAUCAGUGCGGCUGAGCUGACCUGCGCCCUUCUGAUGAGCCUCUCAAGAAAUGUGCCUCAAGCUGCAAUGUCCAUGCGAGCCGGCAACUGGGAUCGCAAAAAGUUCAUGGGCUCGGAGCUGUACGGCAAAGUGCUUGGAAUAGUUGGACUUGGAAGAAUAGGAAAGGAGGUGGCCAAUAGAAUGCAGGCGUUUGGCAUGAAGACUAUCGGCUACGACCCAAUCACUCCAGUUGAGGUGUCGGCCACUUGGGGGGUGGAGCAAAUGUCCCUGGAGCAACUUUGGCCUCUCUGUGAUUACAUCACAGUCCACACGCCAUUAAUGCCCUCCACUGUUGGUCUACUCAGUGACGAAAGCUUUGCCAAAUGCAAGAGAGGCGUCAAAGUGGUGAACUGCGCACGUGGUGGCAUCAUCGACGAAGCUGCCCUCCUCCGAGCUUUGGAGUCCGGACAGUGUGGAGGAGCCGGCCUUGAUGUCUUUGUGGAGGAGCCCCCGCAGGACCGUUCGCUGGUCAACCAUCCCAAUGUGAUCUGCUGUCCGCAUCUGGGCGCCAGCACCAAGGAAGCCCAGGCGCGGUGCGGCCAGGACAUUGCUCUGCAGAUCGUCGAUAUGGUGAAGGGCAACAAGCUGGUGGGAGCAGUAAACGCACAAGUUUUGGCGAGCACUUUCUCUCCGGACUCUUCUCCACUGAUCAAACUUGGCGAGGCCAUCGGAGCUGUGCUGCAGUCCUGUAGCGUGUCAAAGAAUCCGCUGAGCCAUGUACAGAUCACAUCUCAAGGAGAUGGCAUGAAGUCAUCAGCCAGUUACAUGACGGCCGCUGUGCUGGUCGGCCUGCUUAACGGCAAAUCGGACUCUUGCCCAAAUCUCAUCAAUGUAUUGAGUCUAGCUGAGGAAUCUGGAAUCACGGUGAACCAAAACCACAGCGCGUCGGACGAGGCUUCUCCCGGCACAUGCUUGGUGGAGAUCGUGACCGACGGCUUCCGUUACAAAGCGACCGGCACCGUUCAAGGUGGCCGACCGGUCCUACUGGAGCUGAGCGGCAGUGUGUUCAGACAGCCGGUGUCGCUCGCUGGCAAUUUACUGUUCUUCAAGGCUUCGCCAAGUCCUCAGCUGCUUUCAUCGUUGGUUGGCCUGCUAGCCGCAGAGGGAGUGCAAAUUGAAUCUUUCAGUGCUCCUGCAGAGUGCUCCGGUGCGAGUUGGUACUGCGUGGGGGUGUCUUCUCUCCUGCGAGAUCUCUGUGCCUUGAAGUCGUUGGUUCAGGAGGCGGCACAACUCAGUGCUUGAAGCAAGACUUGUCUUAUUGAUCAAUCUUUGCCUUAGCAUUUACAACUAACAACAUUUACAGAGCCGUUUCCAGUUCCAUUCCAGU